AUGGGUACCAUAGGUUCUGCAGAUUUAUCAUUAAUGAAACGAUUAAUAGAAAUUUUAGAAAAAUCUCCUUAUCGGUUUAUUAUCUCAAAAGGUCCAUUAGGUGAUGAAUAUGCAUUGCCUGAUAAUAUGUGGGGUGAAAAAGUGGUUCCACAAAUAAAAAUUUUACCUAUAGUAGACUUAGUAAUUACGCAUGGUGGUAAUAGUACAAUCAAUGAAAUUCUUUAUUUUGGUAAACCAUCAAUUAUUUUACCACUUUUUUAUGAUCAAUUUGAUAAUGCACAACGUUUGCAAGAAAAAGGAUAUGGUAUUCGAUUGGAUGCUUAUUAUUGUUCUGAAGAAGAGCUAUUGAAUGCAAUUGAAAAAUUAUUGGCUGAUAAAGAAUUAACAGAAAAAUUGAAAAUAAUGUCCAAAAAAAUGAAAGAAACAGACAAUAGAUCAGAAAUUGUAGAAUUAAUUGAAGCUUUAGUAUGA